AUGGCGGCCUCGCUGGGCUGGCCGCGCCGCGGCGGGCCCCGCCGCUGGAAGCAGCUGCUGGCGCCCCCGGCGUGGCGGCCCCUGCCCUCGGCGCCGCCGCGCCCGCACGGCGGGCGCUGCUGCGGCAGCGAGCGGUCUCGCCUCGGAGGCUGGCUGGACGUCCAGCGGCAGCUCGUGCGAGACCGCGCCCCGGCCGAGAUCACGGCGCAGGACAGGCGCGAGGCAGCCUCAGAGGCAUUCCAGCAGAUGAUCGCCGGCAUGGAUCUGGACGCUCGGGGCGGCAGUGCCGUGUUCGUGGAGCCGGCGCAGCUGCAGGAGAUCCUGGAGGACGCCGCGAUGUGCCCGGCGUUCUCGGCCGAGCUGUGCAUGCCUGGCGGUCCGUUUGAGAGGGUCCUGUGCAGCGAGGAAGCGUUUUUUGGCUGCGUGAGGCGGCAGCAGUUUUUCAGGAACCAGCUGAUGCGCCUCUUCCUGGAGAAGUUCUUGAUUAUCCGCCAGUCCCUCAGCUCUCUGUUUGAGGAGGAUUGGGCCGCGGAUGCCGAUGUAGUGGAGGGAGUGUUCGGAGAUGAUUUGUCCCUGGACGGACGAGACCGGCUCGAGGCUGCAUUUAUCUUCGACAGUGGGGAAGCGCCACAGGCCGCGAGCUUCCUCUCCCGUGACCUCUUUUUCGUGCGAGGAUGUGUGAAGCCUGCAGACGCACAGGGGGACGCUGAGGGAGGUCAGACGCCUUCCUCCGACUGGCUCCUCGGCACCGCGCGGAGGGUCGUUCACACCCAGGACUCCCGCGUCAGCCUGAUCCUGCUGAGGCUCCACCACAUCGGGCCCACGCAGGGCUUCGUGCCAGUGAGCGGCGAAGCCGCACAGCUGGUCCACGUCGGGUUCAUCCCCUCCGUCUUCUACCGCCAGCUGGACGCGGUGCGGGACCUCUGCGAGGGCCACGAGCGCUUCACGGGGAUGGUCCAGGGCAUUUUCUUUCCGGGCGGCGGGCCCCAGGGCCAGCGCGGUGCCGCGGCGGGCGCGGGAGAGGAAGAGGCCCGGCAGCCGGCCGUGCGGGCGACGGCCCCGCGGGCGAGGCCGGCCUGCCGGGCCACCUCAACGAGCAGCAGCGGGCGGCAGCGGCGGAGGCGCUCGGCAGCGCUCCGGUCACGCUGGUGGCGGGGCCGCCGGGCACGGGGAAGACGGCGGUCGCGGUGGCGAUCGUGGAGGCGUGGCUGA